GCCUCCUCAAGCUGAACUUGAUCAAAACCGCGGUAAAGGAAAAGUAAAGGUGAACCAAAAUGAAAAAAUAUUACGAAUUAAUCCAAAAAAACAACGAGUUUUGGAAAUGCAAAAAGGUGCGGGUCCAAGCAAUUUAAAAAGUAAAAGUAAACAAAUUCAACGUCCACCACAACCAGAUCAAUUGGGAAGUCUUAUUCAACAACUUGAUAAUUCAAUUAAGCAACAUCUACCAAAUGCUGGUUAUUUAUCAAAUUAUCAGUCUCCAUUUCAACAAUAUAAUCCUUUGCUUAAUUUGAACCAAAUUACAUUGCCACCAACGCUAUAUGAAUUACAACAACAAAAACUACUACAACAACAACUUCAACAACAACAACUACAACAACUUCAACAACAACAACAACAACAACAACAACGACAACAACAACAACAACUUCAACAACAACAACUACACCAACAACAACUACAACAACAACUACUACAACAACAACAACAACAACUACAACAACAACAACUUCAACAACAACAACUACAACAACAACAACUUCAACAACAACAACAACAGCAAAGACCCAUUGGAAAUAUACAAAUAAUCGGACAUCAACCAAUUAAUGCACAAGUACAUUCAUUAAAUACUGCAGAAAGUUCAAGCAUUCGUCCACGUAUAAAUCAUAAUCCAACAAUUCCAUUGACUUCUGCUUUGAAUACCGCCAACUUGAAUCCUUUACCUCAACUACCUUCUAAUCAACGAUUUCAAUAUUCAAUUUACAAUCCUGUCUUGGCUGAAAAUAAGCGUAACUUUCUGAAUAAUCUUGUCUCUGGACUAAAUAUACCUCCACCAACUAUUCAACAACGUCCACAGCAACCACCUCGUCGACCUAUAUUCUCUGAACAUGUUCGUGGACAAUUACAAGCACAAUACCGACAAAAUCAGCCCCAACCAAAUCAUUUUCGACAAGGACAAUUUCAACCACAACAAUCAUCACAUGGUUCAAAUAACACUCCAAGAGAUGGUGCAAAUGAAAACAGUUCAAAUACUGGUGAUGGAAAUAAUGGUAAGAAAAAAAAUAUUUUGUUGAGUUUUUAA